GUUUGAUGUUUGAAUUCUGUUCUGCUGUUUAUUUCGAAGGCGGCAGUACGAAUGACUCUCCAAAGUGGUAUUCACGCUGACCCAUAUGAAACAUCUAAACUAGCAGAUUGUAAAAGCCUUUCGUAUAGAGCCGUGAAGCUCAUCAUAGAUAAAGAAAAGAUAGUUUUACUUAUGAAAAUACCAUCUAAAGGUUCUUGGGAAGAUGAUUUUGAUGUUGCGAUGGGGAAGCUUUUAGAUGCCAGCUCUCCGUGUUAUGUGUUUUAUCGUCUUGAUUCCGUCAACUCUUUUGGAAGCGACUGGAUUUUUAUAUGUUAUGUUCCUGAAAGUUCUGACGUGCGUCUAAAAACGAUAUAUGCAGCCACUAAAGCAACUGUUCUUAAGCAGUUUGGAGAUAACUUAAUUAAGGAUGAUAUAACAAUAAAUUGUGUGGGUGAAAUGAACUUAAGGGCCUAUAAAAAAAUUAUGGAAAGUAAAACUGCACCUGGACCUUAUACUGAAGCUGAAAUUGAGGUGGCUGGCAUACACACAGGAGAAGUGACCACUGGACUGCAUUCCAGCUAUCAAACAAUCGGUGGUGUUUCAUUCGCGCUUAGUCCUGAUUCUCGCUCUGUGUUAAAGAAUUUUGGUUCGGGAGAGUGUGAUUACGUUCAGUUAAAAUGUGAUAUCCUUAGUGAAACUAUCAAAGUUUGCGGGACUCGUGAACAUAUUACGCCAAAACAAAUAGCAGAAAUUUGUCCAGAAAAAGAAGGUCGUUAUCAUCUUUUUCGUUUCCGUUAUAUGCUUGAAGGCGAGGAACAUUCUGCUACCUGUAAGUUUAACAUGCAUUUCAGUAAGUACUUUUUUAGAACUCCUGUAGAAAAUUUUCAUUAACUUUGCUUUUGUUGAGGUAUUCCAAAAUACUCUAUCCGCUC